UAUUGCUGCAUCUGUUGCAGAGUUGCAGCUUUUAGUCGAGAAAAGAGGGAGGAAAAAAACACAGAGACAGAGAAAGGUGGUGAAGGGGGGGGUGAGAAUGGCGGCCCUCAGUAUCGUAUCUCAGUUGCCACCUAAAUGUUUAUCUUAUGCAGAUUGUUUUAAUAAUCAUAUUCUUAAUUUUAAUAAUAAUUAUCACAAUUUUAAAUUCCAUUCUCUGCCUUGUUCUCAUCAAUUCCCUGUUCUUUCUUCUUUCUCUACGCAACCCAAAUCCAAAUUCUUUUCAAAUUACCCAUCUUCUAAGCUCCCUCAAUUCCCUAUCUAUUCCUCUCAACCAGCAGGCAGUGAACAUUUAUGGAUCCAAGACAAUUCCAAGAAACAAAACUCAACUUUUAAAACAAGGAUGCAGGACCGUCUACAUUCGGUGUUUCCUACAACACCUGCACAAGUUUCUGCUGUGCAAGAUCUUUACGAAUUUAUCUGCUCAGGUCCUCUCCUAAGCAAGUUGGGAUUGACUUCUGACAUGAUUGCUGACUCCAUAGACAAGUGGUUAGAAUAUGGUUCGCACUUGUGCCGAUUGUUUCAGCUCAAUGAAUUGUACCUUACAGUUCCUCAAAAGGCGAGGAUUUAUCAUUAUUACAUACCGGUGUUCUUAUGGAUUGAAGAUAAGAUUUCCAAGCAUGUGUCUCAGUUUAAAGAUGGAGAAGAAAUACCUCCUUUAGUGGUUGGUUUUAGUGCACCCCAAGGUUGUGGAAAGACCACUCUUGUCUUUGCUCUUGAUUAUCUCUUCAAAAAAACUGGCAGGAAUUCUGCAACAUUAUCAAUAGAUGAUUUUUACUGGACAGCAGAGGGCCAGGCUAAACUGAGAGAAGCAAAUCCAGGAAAUGCGCUUUUAGAGUUCCGCGGAAAUGCUGGGAGCCAUGAUCUUUCAUUCUCCAUUGAAACCCUAACCGGUUUAAAAAAACUGACAAAAGAAGGUAUAAAGAUGAAGCUACCACGAUAUGAUAAAUCUGCAUACAGUGGGAGAGGUGACAGAGCUGAUCCUUCACUGUGGCCAGAGAUUGAAGGUCCAUUAACAGUGAUUCUUUUUGAAGGCUGGAUGCUUGGCUUUAAACCUGUUCCAACAGAAGUCGUCCGAGCCGUGGAUCCACAGCUGGAGACUGUGAACAAGAACCUUGAAGCCUAUUAUGAUGCAUGGGACAAGUUUAUAAAUGCAUGGAUAGUCAUCAAGAUUCAGGAUCCCAGUUAUGUCUACCAGUGGCGUUUACAGGCAGAGAUUGCCAUGAGGGAGGCAGGCAAUCCUGGGAUGACUGACGAGGAGGUUAGAGAUUUUGUUUCUCGUUACCUGCCAGCAUACAAGGCAUAUCUUCCCACCCUGUAUGACGAGGGACCAAGCGGCUCAGAUCCUGAGAAUGUCCUCCUCAUCGACAUCGACGAAGGCAGGAACCCAAUUCUAGGUAAUUAGGUUCAGAUUACUGAUCAUCUUCAUUUCUCAAUUUUGAUUUCUUUGAAAUAACUAAUUUAUGUUGGGUUUUUGUUAUAAACACUACCUGGAAAUUAGUCACUUGUAAAUUAUCUAAUGUUCUUCAAAUAAGUAGAAAAUUUUUUAUGA